CUUCCGUAAAGCAGUGACAAAGAUGGCGGCUGCCGCCGGAUCAGGCAUCGUGGUUCCCCGCAGCUUUCGGCUGCUGGAGGAACUGGAGGAAGGUCAGAAAGGAGGCGGGGACGGCACAGUGAGCUGGGGCCUCGAAGACGACGACGACAUGACGUUAACUCACUGGAACGGCAUGAUCAUCGGCCCCGCCAAGACUGUGUAUGAAGGCAGGAUAUACAGUCUGAAAAUAGAAUGUGGAUCCAGAUACCCUGAGUACCCUCCUCACGUGCGCUUUGUGAACAAGAUCAACUUGAGCGGCGUGCACACUUCCAAUGGUGUGGUGGACAUCAAGUCUCUGACAGCGCUGUGCAGGUGGAAGAACUCCUACAACAUCCGUACGGUGCUGCAGGAGCUCAGACAGCACAUGAUGACGAAAGAGAACAACAGGCUGUCCCAGCCACCUGAAGGCCAGGUGUACAACUGA